AUGCCCGGUUUUGCGGAUUCGUUCUGGACCCCCGACUACGCUUCGGGGUUAGGGGUACUAUAUGGAAAGCUGCAGCAGGGAGUUGUGGAGAACCGGCAGAUCUUGACCAUUGCGUCUAUGCGUGCAGAUGCGGAAGAACAGUAUGGACUCCGCAUGGGUGACAUUGCACCGAGUGUGGAUAGAAUGACGCCGGUUGGAUUUGGAAAGGACGACGGCGCAAGUAUCAGAAAGGCAUACGAAGGAAUCCGCACCGAGAUGGUCGAGGCCUCCAAAAACCACCAGAAGAUCGCCAACAAUAUUCGGGAAUUGGUCGUGACGCCCUUUCGACGCUGGGGAGAACAACACGAGAUGCGUGUACAAUAUUCGCAUGACCUCCUCCAGUCUCGCAUCAAAGAGCACACCAAGCAGGCGGAGUUGGUCCGGAAGCUGCGCAGCACCUACUUCAAUAAGUGUCGUGUCGUCGAGGAUCUGGAAGAAGAGAACAAGCUUGCUUUCCAGGACCCUGACUCGAGCCCCAAGGUUAAAAGUACACCGAAGAUCAUCCUUCCCGCCGAGGAAGAGGUUGACGAGGAUCCUAUUGAAUUGGGUGAACGCAUCUUCCCACCGGACCACUUGAAGAAAUUGCUCACCCAUAUGCUCAACCACGUUAAACUUGGCGAGACGAAAGUUCCCAUUAUUGGCACCUACUUGAACGUUUCCACCGGCGCCGAUAUUGCACAAUACAUUCAAACCUACAUGGAGGCCGAGAAUCUCGCUCAGGUGGAGAAAAUUGGACAGGACAUGGUGGAUAACGGCCUUCUUCGCUUGGUUGGCAACAUGGGCAACGUCUUUGCCAAUAGCUCCAAGAUGAACUAUCAGUGGCGCACCAAGGUGUUCCAGCUUACCGGUAUCCCCGAAAAGAAGAAGCCACUCAUGCGUGUUACUUCCGCCGCGUCCAGCGAUGACGGAAACAGCAGCGACUCGCCGAUCGCAUCUGUCUCAGAGAUGCUGUCUGGCUGGAAUCCCCUGAACAACCCCCAUCCGAAUGAGACACCCUCGGAGAAACUCCGCAGGGAGGCGUUGGAAGCCGAUGAACGUUAUAAGGUUGCCGUCCGUAAACUUGACCAGAUUCGCUGUCGGCUGGAGGAGGAAGUUAUCACUCAGCUCAAGUACAUGGAGCAGUGCGAGCUGGAUCGCCUCAAGGCCAUCAAAGCUGUGGUUCUUGACUUCUCGGGCGCGAUCAGUAACGUUAUUCCCAAUCUGCAGAGCACCGUGGAUCAUAUGAUGUUGUAUCAGGAGACCAUCCAGCCGCUGGGUGACUUGAGGUACCUGUUGGAGAACUAUCGUACUGGUGGAUUUGUGCCUAAGAUCCAAGCAUACGAGAACUAUUAUGGCUCCGUGGAAGAACAAAACUUUGGUGUCGACCUUGAAGCGAGAGCCCGCGCUGACCGCAAACGUGUCCCAAUCCUGGUGACCACCAUCCUGACCUAUCUUGACAACCGCUAUCCUGAAUUGGAAGGCGAUGAAGCACGGCGAAUGAUCUGGCUGACCGAAGUCGAGCUCAGCACGACGCAUAGACUUCGUCACAUCUUGAAUAACAGCAAGAUCGACUACAGCGAGGUGUUGCCGCAGUUCGAAAUCCCAGUUAUCGCAAGCGUUUUGAGGUUGUACCUCCUUGAAUUGCCGGACUCCUUGGUUUCCUCACAGGUUUACGAGAUCGUGAAAACAAUCUAUUCUACCACUGCCCAUGAAACCACGGAAGAAGGCCGGAUCAAGGUUCUGCAAAGCACCCUUGGACAACUCCGCCUUGUAAAUAUUGCUACGCUUGAUGCCAUCAUGACCCACUUUACGCGCCUGAUUGAUUUGACUUCGGCCGACGAAGAAUACAUCGCUUUGUUGGCACAGGCCUUCUCCCCCUGCAUCCUGCGCCCUCGCGUGGAAAGCAGUCUGACGAUGAACGAACGCCACAGCUACCGCCUGAUCCGUGAUCUGUUCGCUCAUAAGGAUGCCAUCUUCGGCGAACUGAAGCGUCAAUCGAGUGCCCUCGGAAUUACCGGCUCCACCAACCGUCCACGCGCCAUUAGCACGGAUGAGAGUAACCGACGUGCGGCAAUGGAGGCCCGUCAGCGGGCCAUUGUCAACCGCAGCCGGGCGACUAGUCCUGCUAACCGCCAACGGCAUCGACGUGACCGAUCCAGCGGUGCCUCAGAGAUCGGCCGAUUCCCCAUCAACGUCAACAGCCCCUCGGAUCGCAGAUCCACCCGCGGCACUAGUCUGGAUGUGCCAACAAUCCCCAGUGCCCAAGUUGCAUCGGAGAAUGGUACCACCGUGAACACUCAGGUUGGCGCGAGUGUCACUAACGGCACGUCUUCCGAGUCUCCUGCCAGCAGCAGCACCCGCUCGGACUCUCCCAGCCCACCUCCCGUUCCUCCUCUUCCUGAGAUGGCCUCCGAUGGAUCUCCCACUCCCACUCCUACUCCCGCCGUGGCCCCUGCCGAGUUCGAUAAACGCAACUCCAUGAGCCGCUCUUCCGCUCGAUACAGCCGCAAGGCAGGCCUUGGUAGCUUAUCCAGCUUCCCUACCGGCUCGGCUGUUGGCACCAGUGGUACGGAUUCCAACCGAAGCAGCAUUGCUGAAAGCGAGCCUAAUAGAGUCACUCUGGAAGACAAGCCUAUGGAUGACUAG